CCAAUCCCACACUCCCUACGAGUUCCCAGUUCCCACAUAUAUGAAUUAGCGUACGACGCUGCACUGAACUAAAGGUAUCCUAUCGCGGUUCCGCGCUUUUAAGAUUAUCCUUUUACAACUGGGAUCAUCUUCAAGGUUAUUCCUUUUAAACAAAACCAUCAGACGGACUUUUCGCUACCGAAUUCUUUGGAGCUACAUCUCUCAUCAUCAUCUUAUACAUAUUUGAACUGUUUACCUCAUUCAUUAUUCAUAUACCCAUAUAUCCAUAUAUCCAUACACAUUUAUACUUUUACAAACGUGCACUAUCGUCUAUUCAACGACUGUCAGGAUUCGGGAUCCCUAAAAUCUCUAGAAAGGAAGGAAUACUUUAAAGGCUGGGCUGUCAUUAGCUGUCUAAAUAAAAUUAUAUUAAUCAUGAAUACUACAGCAUAUGCUUCACCACCUCGCGAUAUGCAUCCUCGAUCAACCAUGCCAAGUCUUCACGAUACAGCAUUUCGGCCAGGUCCACCUCAGCAAGGAGCUCCAUACUCGAUGCCUCACACAAUGGCAUCUCAACAUUCACAAAUUCCCGCCUACGAACAAUAUAAUAAUUCUCUACCUGCCACUCGUCCUCCUCCUCCGGAACAUUUACCGUCUUCAGAGGUCGUAUCGGCAUAUUCUAUUGGACUUCCAGGUCAGGAACCAUCGCCUCGGUCUAUUACUGUAGAUGGGAGAAAGUAUACGUAUGUUUAGUUUAGAGUUUCCCCUCACCAGGUACUGGGAUGGCAUACUAAACUUUCUUUUUUCUGUCGGGGUAUAACGUUGCUAAUUGCUUUUUUAGAUUGGAAGUCCAGCAACAACCGAAACGGGCUCGAAUGUGUGGCUUUGGAGACAAGGUAAGAACAGAAGAAAUUAAUGGGAAUAUAUCCUUCUCAUGUGGUUUUAUGUUUGAUUAUAACUGACCCUAUGUAGGAUCGUCGGCCUAUUACUCCUCCUCCGUGUGUUAAACUCAGUAUAACGGAAAUCGCAACUGGAAAAGAGGUGGACGUCAAGUGAGUUAUAUAUCACAAACCUGUAUAUCCAUUCUAAAUUCUUAAUAGCAACAUCGAACAUGGAAUGUUUGUGCUGAAUGUGGACUUAUGGUCAGCGGAUGGCGAUCGACCAGUCAACCUUGUUCGACACUCACAAACUUCUCCUUCGAUUUCAGCCACAGUUCCAGUUUCUUAUACACAACUACAAGGGGGUGCGACUGCGUACUCGAACCUACUUCCCGGACAAAGUCAACGAGAACCCACCAGCCCACAAUAUGGCAAUGCGCCACCUUAUCAGGGAGCUGGAUUUAAUCCAUUUCCAGGGCCACCACAGGUGAGCGCAUACUCACAACAGCAACCUGGACAACAAGCAGGUUAUGGUGGAAAUCCCAAUUAUCCACCUCCAAAUGGAUAUCAAGUACCACCUCAACAGUCCAACUAUUAUUACCCUCAACGUAUGGACCCAUAUCCGUAUACUUCUAUUCUUAAACUUCUUAUUAAGUUUGAAUACUACAAAUGGAAAAGUGUGUACUAAUCAGCUGCUUAUAGCUUCUCAAUCGGUUCCCAGCCACAAUAACCAAGAUCCUUACCCGUCUCGUCCUUAUACGCCACAAGAUAUGGCAAUGCGCAUGCCCAUAAGCCAAACAAAUCCUCCACAAGGCAUGUUCACACGAAAUCUUAUUGGAAGUUUAUCAGCUUCCGCAUUCCGUCUCACAGACCCGGAUGACCGAAUCGGGAUCUGGUUUGUGCUUCAAGACCUUUCCGUCCGAACCGAGGGUGAUUUCCGGUAAGCCAUUAAUCUAAAUCACCCCCUUACUAAGUCUUCUAUUAAUACCAAAAACAGCCUUCGCUUUUCAUUCGUUAAUGUCGGUGUACCGUCGGCACCGCAGAAUAAUCCUAACUCUUCGUGUUCCGUAAACACUGGAAAGGCCCCUGUUCUCGCUUCGUGUUUCUCAGAAGUCUUCAAAGUUUACUCGGCGAAGAAAUUCCCUGGAGUGGUAGAAAGUACACCAUUAAGUAAAUGUUUUGCUACACAAGGUAUGAAAAUCUCAUGUCUCACUUUCUAGCAGGUUAAGGAAUUGAUUCUAAUUACGUCGAAUAGGUAUUAAGAUUCCAAUCCGAAAGGAUGGAAAAGACGGACCAGGAAAAGGAGGAAAGGACGGUAGCCGAGGUGAUGAUGACGACGACUAUUAAGCGGAUUAUACUUUUUAUUUGAUGCUUCCUAAACGGCCCUCCCUUUGGACACUGCUCGCAUAUACAUCCAUUUUCUAGAGCCCUUGGACGUGUCGUGCAUGCACUGCUCACCCCCCUACUUUAAACUUUUAUCAGAAGCUCCAUUUGUUCGAGUUAAAAAAUUCAGAUUCCCCAGCAGCGAGUAUUUGUUCUCCAUCUAAUUCGUAACCAAAAAAAAUUAAGGCGAGACCAGAAGAGAAAAAAAGAAAGGAUAAAAAGAUUAUUACUAUCUAUCAGGCGUUACGUUUGUGCGAGACUGAGACGUGCACGACAUACUUUGUACGUUUUCUUCGUUUGGCUGCAAUUGCGGUCGCGUGCUGCGUUUGUCUGUUUGAGUUGAGUAAUUUGGACUUAUUGGAUAUAUUGGAUACAUGAGAGAGGGGUGGGAGGGAAUAUGGAGUGAGUGGUUAUAUAGGCGAGAAUUUUUUUCUUUUUUUGAAUCUUGGAUCCCGGAUAUUAGUUUAUUUGGCGGGCGUCGGGGGAAGGGUUGGAUUAAAGAAUGGG